AUGGCGGCAUUUGCAUUGAAACUGUUGAAAGGGCACCUUGACAAUUAUCUCCCCAAACAUUACAAGAACUAUGGUGAAAAUCAUCUUUCAGACCAACUUUCAGAGCAUGGAAACACCAAUGAGUCAAACCCAGAUUUCCAUUAUAUAUCAGAACAAGAUUUUGGGAACAGCGUCCCUACAAGGAAACGGUCAAAGGUGGUUUACAGGGAGAUGACGCCAUUGGAGAAGUUUGGGAAGCAGCUUCUGAGUUUGUAUAGAAGUGAAAAGCAGCCAAAGGAGAGGUCCUCAGAAGAGGAUAUAUUGUUGGAUAACGUCAACGGCUUCAUACCCAGCACUGAGAUAGGACUUGGAGUCGUUCUUCUAAGACAGAUCCUGGAUCAUUAUCAACCGCAACCUUAA